AUGUUUGUGCCACAUUGGAGUUCUUUCUAUCGGAAACAUUUUGAGACUGAAGAAGACCGGGUUAAUCAACUGUUUUCUCGAGCUGAAGCAAAUGGCGUUCAUGUAGAAAAGAGGUCUGUCACCAUUCAGGAGAUCCAGCAGCACCUGGCUAAGGAACACGUGGUCAUUGUCCUGGUGAAUGCAGUCCUGCUCGUCUGUGACCUCUGCUCAGCUCCGGUCAAGUUCUGUUGCCUCCUGCCCAUUGGACAGAAAUGUUUCUGCAGGAAGCCAGACUACCAGGGCCAUUUCAUCGUGGUGUGUGGCUACAACAGGAACUCGGGCUGCAUCUUCUACAACAACCCAGCGUAUGCUGACAGAGUCUGUUGCACGACUGUAAGUAAUUUCAACGAGGCCCGCAUGAGCUAUGGGACAGAUGAAGACAUCCUGUUUGUUUACAAAGAUAGCUGAUUGCAGUGUCACAGUGGAUGGCCCUGACAGCAUGUCAAACACGUACUACCUAAGGACACGAAAUGGCGGCAUUGCAAUGCAUUCCUCACUUUGCACAGUGCAAGUCUGAUUUCUGUCACAGCACUGCACCCAUUCCCCCUCCUGGUUUCCACCACAACUGAUGGUUGCUGAUUGAACAGAACCUGUAUGUGACUCCUUUUCUCCCCCUACAGGAAGCUUGCUGUGGAGUCUUCCUGGAAAGUCAGGUUCUGGAGAGAAAUAACUUGUUCCAGCCUAGGAAUCCAUCAGGUUUCCAUCGCCUGCUCAGCUUGAUGCUUAGAAACCACUCAAAACUCAACUGGUUUUAAAUCCAGAUUCAAAACUGUAUGCUUCCAUAUUUUAGACCUUCCUAUAGAACUGAGGAGAGCUUUAAUUCUGGUAAAUGUUUUGGGUUCAUCUGCCAAAAGUGCUGCUAUGUAAUUCUUAGGGGUGGAAGGUGAGUACUACUGGGCACAAACAUUCAUGUAAUUCAGUACAGUUACAGUCAUUUUGUUGGUUGCUUUCUUGCUUUGCCCAGAUGAUCUUCAGUCAAACAGGAUCAAUCCUGUCUUGCAGCAAGGGUAACCAGAUUUGACAAGUCCAGCUCAGGCCAUGGGCAGGGUGAAAUGGGAGCUGGGUAUCCAGAAUGUGAAAGUCUUGCCCUCUGCAUUACAAGGUGGCACAGCCUAGGACCUGCACUAUGCUGGCAGCCCGUAACCUCAUUAUGAACCCGAAUUGUGGAUCAGUCUAUGGCUUGGUCUUGGUCUCUGUUGGAGAGUGAGAGCAGAACUUAGCGACUGAACCCGCCUCCACUUGGACUGGGACCUCUAUUGAUCUACCUUUCAAAUAGGAUUCUACAUGUAAAAUACUAAGUGGGAAACUUUUACCAGAAGCUUUUUUUGUAAAAGAAGAAUUAUGUUUGGCAAAGAAAUAUCUUGAAUUUUGUAAAGGAAGAUCUGUCACAACCAAUGUGCUUUGCAAACUUAGAUCCUUCAAAAGAUAUCCCUGCCUCAUAAUGUGGAAACUUGUUGCACCUUAAAAUAUCAGAAUCCCAGCUCCUUUUUCCCAACUCCUUUCCCAGUGGAGACUCAGCACAAACCCCACUUCCCACCAUGCCAAAAAGGAUUCCUCAACGUAUGUAAAUUUGGAUUCUGACCCUACUGGCUACUCUUUUGGUUCCAAAGCCUCACAGGAAGUGUGAAUUGUUCAUUUGUUCAGGCACAUCACUAACGUUGGGAACUGAUGAUUUAAUCUGAAGUUUAGGCCCACAAGCCUGAGUUAUUGAGGCCGCUCAUUUGCUCCCACUUCUGGUUCACGGUUUCUGAUCUAUGUUUUCAAUGCAUUUAUAAUCGGGUUUAUUUGAGUAUCAUUGCAUCUUAUUAAAAAGUGAUUUGAUAUGUA